CCAUAUCACGUAAAAGUGCCCAUUCACGAAAACAACUCCUAGCUUCAACGGUCAGACCCCCUCGCGAUCAAACGAGACAUCUUCAACGGGAGAUUCAUACCGAAUCACCACUCGACGUACCCCGACAGCAAACUACACCAAAAGAACCCUCACAAAACACCAAUAUGGGCGACGAAGAGAAUUCGGGAUCCGGGACCAUCUACUCCCGCAACAAAGAGGACACGCUCGAGGCCGAGACCCUUCUGUGGCGCGCCAUGUGCGACACGAAGCCCAAGCACCUCAAGAAGUACCUCGACAAGGAGGCCGUCCUCGCCCACCCAGGCCAGAAGCCCUACUCCCCGAAAUCCAAGCCGACGCUGCAGGAGUACCUCGACGAGGACUGGGAGCCCUGGACGGCCUACAAGAUGCACGACGACCCGGAAUUUGUCGAGAUCGACGUCAUGAGCUCCAGCCUCGUCUACCGCGUUACCGCCUGGCGCCAAGAGGGAAACAAGCUCGUCGCGACCGAGGGCAUCUGCAACAGCGUUUGGAAGCAGGAGCCUGGCGGGGAGUGGACGUGCUGCUGCCACCACAUGAGCACCGUUUGAGCUGUGAUGGAUGGAUGGUUGGUUGGCGUCUCCGGAAAGGUGAUGGUGAUUUCGGGGGAUACUCGAUAAGGCGAUGCAUGAUCUGACUGGGCAUGAGCAAGAGUAAGACAGAGGAACGGGACACUUUGGCGUUUUGUAUGAGUGACAGCAUGGUUUGCAGGCGCUGUUGAUCUGGUCUGACGGUAUUUCCACGCAGCAGUUUUGUUUGAUUGCAUUUAAUGACAAGCAUGCAAUUGAAUUUGGAGUAUCC